AAGGGAAAAGAAAAGAAAAAAAAAACUUUUUCAUAAUUCGAGGAUAAUGAAAUUGGGAUCUAAAAGUUCGAGAUAAAAAUUAAUUAGAAUUGGCGAUUUUGGGAAAAGACAAUGUGGAUUAGACGAGAUGUUCGAUUGACAAGAUGACUAUGAUGAAAACAAUUGGCUCGUCUUCCUGGCUUAUACGAUCCUAUAAGAGAAGCAGAUUCAAGGAAGACUGGCCGUUAUUAUUAUUUCUAUUGUUAGCAUAUGCUUCGGAAAGUUGCACGGCUCGUAACAAUCCACCACGCUUUCUCAUCGACGGACAGCCAGAAAUUGUUCUGAGAUUGAAAGAAGGUCCAGAAACACCAAUUGGCAGCUUAAUUUAUAGACUACGCGGUGUCGAUCCUGACGGUGACAGUCUGACGUUUGACGUCAGGGAUCAACCUGGAAGCGAAGUAAUUCGACUUGAGAAUUUCGGUCUUAACGAAGCUAAUAUAUAUCUCAACAAAUUGCUAGACAGAGAGGUUAGAGAUGAAUACGCUUUGGUGCUAACUCUGACAGAUGGAAAGCUAGGAGAAGGAAAUUUUAUCACCCAAAGUUUGUUGCUAUUAGUGGAAGAUAUAAACGACAAUGUGCCAAUUUUUCGACCUCAUCCAACAUCUUUGACAAUACGGGAAGAUUCCGGACCAGGUAUAUUAACAACCGUGGAAGCAACCGAUGCGGACGAAGGUGCCCAUGGACAGGUCGUUUAUUAUCUUCAAGAAUUAGAUGGAGACAAUGAUAUUUUUGGGAUAUCAACUAUCAAUGGAAAAGGAAUUGUGCGAUUGCUUGGUCAAUUGGAUUACGAAAGGAAAUAUUUAUAUCAGCUGAGAGUUUUGGCGGUGGAUCGUGCGAUUAACGAAAAAGUAAACACAGGAACGACAGCUAUUUUAGUUAAGGUACAGGACGUCGAGGAUCAACCACCCGAAUUCAUAUCCAUGACACCGGUUGCUAGAAUCAGCGAGAAUGCCAGGAUCGGCACAUCCGUUUUACAAGUUCGUGCUGCUGAUGGAGAUAAAGGAAUCAAUAAUAAAGUUACCUACAGUAUCACUCAAGGACCAAGAUAUCUUUUCGACAUAGAUGCCACUUCUGGUCUGGUUUUUACAAGAGCUCAACUCGAUAGAGAAUCCGAAGAGAAUAUCGAAGGUACGUUCGUUUUGGAAAUAACAGUGAAGGAAGUCUCAAGGAUAAUUCCACCACCGUCGGUAUCGACGGAGGUAACAGUGAUUUUGACUGAUGUUAACGACGAAACACCAACCUUUCGAAGCUCGUAUUACCGAGCUGAGAUAAGCGAGAAUUCACCACAAAAUACUCCGGUCAAUUUUAUUGGCGAUGCUAUACCUGAAGUUUAUGAUCACGACUUGGGAACAAAUGGCACGUUUCAAAUGUUCAUUGAAGGAGAUAAUGGUAUAUUCGAUGUAACACCUUCGAAAGGUAUUAACGAGGCACCGUUUAUAAUUAGAGUAAAAAAUUCAAACGAGCUUGAUUUCGAAAAAAGAUCAGUGGUUAAUUUUACUCUGGUCGCCAAAGAAAUCGUAUCGUAUGCCCCUAAAUAUAGUGCUGUGCCAGUGACAAUUUUCAUAACUGAUCAAAAUGACAAUUAUCCUGAAUUUACAAAAAAUAUUUACGAAGUCUUCAUCGAAGAAAAUUGUCCAGUUGGCAGUACGGUUGCAUGGGUUCAAGCUUUGGAUGAAGACAGUGGGGCUUUCGGGUCACAUGGGAUUAGAUAUACAAAUUUAGGCGGUAGUAUUGCGCACGCAUUGAUAUUAGAUCCAAUAAGUGGAGUGAUUACAGUUAAGCAAACUGGGCCCAGUUUUGAUCGGGAAUUAGUUUCUCGACAUUAUUUAACAAUUGAAGCAAGAGAUGAUCUCGGAAAGGGUAAUCGUAAUACUGCUCAAUUGAUUGUUAAUAUCAACGAUGUAAACGACAAUGCACCAGUUUUCUUACUAAACAAGUACGAGGCUGUACUUUUAGAAAAUGAAGAUCAUUUUGAAGCUCCAUUGGUCGUAGAAGCUUACGACAUAGAUUUAAAUGGUACGAAGAACAGCGACAUAAUUUAUGCUUUGAUAUCCAGUGAAUUUUCGAAGAACUUUACGAUAGAUUCGAAACGUGGUAUAAUAAGUCUGGUCAGUCCAUUAGACUUCGAAGCGUUGCCUAUUAAUCAAGGCCACAUGGAAACGUCAGUGAGGCACUUGAAAUUAACGGUGAGAGCUCGAGACAUGGGAACCCCUAGUUUGAGUUCUGACGCACCUGUUAUUAUUUAUCUCAAGGACGUUAAUGACAAUCCACCUAUAUUCGAGAGGGCAUUGUAUAAAAGAAGUAUACCGGAAGAUUUGGAAGGUGGAACUAGCGUUUUACAGGUGAGAGCUUGGGACAAAGACUUGUCUUCGCCAAAUAACAAAAUAGUUUAUCGUAUUCAAAGUGGUGCCGGUGACAAGUUCGUGAUUGGUCCGGAAACAGGUGUGAUUAGGGUAGCAUCUGGUUCUAAUUUGGACCCUGAUUUAACGUCACCCAAAACUACGAGAUAUAGUUUAAAUGUGGUGGCUAUCGACAGUGGAACAGAAAUACAAAGAACUGCUGAGGUUCUCGUUAAUAUAUCUAUUGUCGAUGUGAAUAAUAAACCUCCGGUAUUCAUCGAUCCUGGUACAGUUACUAUCCGAGAAAACACGCAAGUAGGAGCUUACGUACAUCGGGUUGUCGCUAACGAUCCAGACAUCGCACCGACUUUACGUUAUCGAGUCGAUCACAAUUCGUCCGAGGCACGAAACGAAGAAGGUACUUUGAUCAAAAUCCAAGAAUACGAUUAUUUGGCAGCCUUGGAAUUAAAUGCGAUCGAUGGUUUGCUAAGAGUGGUCAAACUUUUGGACAGGGAACGAGUCGAAACGAUAAGACUCGGUUUGGUCGUAGAAGAUUUGGCAGCUGUUAGAGGACUACAAACUGCAUCCGCUGUAUUAAAUAUAAUCAUCGAAGACGAAAACGAUAACAAUCCAAAAUUUCGAAGACCAUUUUACAGACGAUCGGUUACAGAAAAUAGUAAAAAUGGUGUUAACAUAGCUAGUAUUGUUGCUGAUGAUGCUGAUAAAAAUCGCAGUAUCACGUAUUCCUUAGAAAGCCCGAAGGAAUUAACUGAUCUUAUUCAUUUGGAUCCUGAAACUGGUGAAAUGGUUGUUGCGAAUAAAAUCGAUCGAGAAUUGUAUCCAUGGCUUAAUCUUACCGUCCGAGCUACUGAUUCAGGAAUACCACCUAGAUCGAGCUUGUCGGAAGUAUACGUUCAAGUUCUGGACGAGAAUGAUAAUAAUCCAUACUUCGUAACAGAAAUUAGUAACCUAACUGCAACGGAGAAUUCCAAAAUUGGUACUGAAAUUGCAGUAAUUCAAGCGAGAGAUCCUGAUAACGGUGAUUAUGGGAAAAUUACAUAUCUUCUAGACCGAAUGUCGUCUCAGGGUACAUUUGCCAUUCAUCCAGAAACAGGAGCUUUAACGGUUGCUGAUACGCUCGAUUGGGAAUCUAGGCAUAAUUAUGUUCUAGUCAUAGAAGCUUGGGAUAAUUAUCAAUUUGGUUACACCGCUGGGGAAUCGAGAAAUGCUUUUAAACAAAUUCAAGUAACCAUAAUCGAUGUGAACGAUAAUCCUCCGAAAAUUGAGAUACCUCAAGAAUGUGUCAGUAUAUCGGAAUUUCACGAUAUUCGGGAUUCCAUAGUGGUUGCAAAGGCUCAAGAUGCUGAUGAUCCUACAACUCCCAAUGGACGUGUAAUCAUUAGAAUAUUAUCUGGCAAUGAAAUGGGUUUGUUCAUGCUCGAACAAGUAGAUUAUUGGACAGCACGGAUUAAGGCUGUUCGAAGUUUGAGAGGAAAGUUUGGCAAUUAUUCAUUGAAGUUGGAAGCUCACGAUCUCGGAGUUCCAAGUAACAAGGAGACAGCUAUCUUAGAUAUUUGCGUGACAGACUACAAUGACAAUCCACCAAUAUUUAUCAGUCCGCAACAUAACACAACUAUUCGCGUAGCUGAAAACGUGACGGUAGGGACACCGAUAAUUCAAAUAGUCGCAGAAGAUGCUGACACUGGACCAAACGGAGACGUUCAUUUUCGUUUAAAACAGGAUCUUGCUGGACAUUGGAGAACUUUUCACAUUGACGAUAGAACUGGUGUUAUAUCUUUAAAACUUCCAUUAGAUAGGGAACUUCAAAGAUUAUAUGAAAUACGUGUUGAAGCUUAUGAUUUAGGAACACCGACACCGUUAAGUUCUGACCUGGAUUUAAUAAUUUACGUUCGAAAUAUAAACGAUUACGAGCCUCAAUUUUUGGUUGACGUAUUCAACGUUAAUUUUACCGAAGAACAACCGCCGAGAUCGGAAAUGGUGAUACUUCCGGAAACUAUCGAUAGGGACGAAGUCGAUGAUCUCGAUGAUCCACCAACGCAAGUUUGUUAUUUUAUAGUUGGUGGUAACGACGAUGGAUUAUUUGCCUUGGACAUUUAUAAGCACGAACUUACUACUGAGAAAACAUUAGAUAGAGAAAUUCAAACAAAACACACGUUAAUAAUAAAAGCUAUCGAGGACUGCACGAUCGUUCCAAUAAACGAAACUGUUUUCGACGAGACUGAUGACACACUGCUUAAAGUUAUAGUUACGGUCGGUGAUAUCAACGACAAUCCGCCAAAAUUUGUAAAUAAAGUGUUUACCGGAGGUGUUACCACCGAAGCUGACUUUGGUACACAAUUUAUGAAUAUUAAGGCUAUUGACUUGGACGCGGAAGAAAAUGGAAUUGUCUCUUAUUAUCAAGUUGGGAAAAUGCAUAUGACAUUAACCGAAGGUUUGGACGAUAUUCAAAUUCAACCCUUUCUUGUUCACAAAAAUUCUGGGGCGGUUAGUCUGAACUUUGACCCUCAAAGAGGGAUGAAAGGCUACUUCGAUUUUAUGGUUUUGGCUAACGAUUCGCAUGGAUUAAUGGACACAGCGAGAGUAUUUAUUUAUUUAUUACGAGAAGAUCAAAGAGUUCGAUUUGUUCUUCGUCAGCAUCCACCUGAAAUCCGGAACAGAAUCGAAAUGUUCCGACAAACUUUGGGUAACGUAACCGGUGCGAUUGUCAACGUGGACGAAUACAAAAUUCACGAAAAUCAAGAUGGUUCAGUUGAUCGAACUAAAACGGAUUUAUAUUUACACCUUGUAAAUCGUCAUGAUAAUUCGAUUCUCGAGGUGUCUGAAGUAUUGGAAUUGGUCGAUCGAAAUAUUGAAAAAUUAGAUAAUCUUUUCAAAGAAUUCAACGUAUUGGAUACACAACCAGCACAAUCGCAGCCAAUCGUUCAAUACGAGCAGGCUGGCACGACGUUUUGGCUUUUGACAUUGACUCUGUUUCUCGGAGCUCUUCUUAUUUUAUGCAUCGCUUUGUGUCUUUCUCAGAGAGCAUCGUUUCAAAGACAACUCAAAGCUGCUAAUGCAUCAACGUUUGGCACGUCGGAUUCUGAAUUCAUUCGUGGUCCAGGACGUGUUCCUAACACAAACAAGCACAGCAUGGAGGGUUCUAAUCCAAUUUGGAUGCAUGCAUACGAAAAUGAAUGGUUUAAAAGCGACGAGUCCUACAGUCAUACAUCCGAAAGAGAUUCUUUGGAUGAAAAUGCUCUUAAUAAUGAAGAGAUGAUGAAUGAAGUUAAUAUUGAACAAAGAAACGAAGAUAAACCUUAUUAUAUCGAGCCAAGAAUAUCUUCGGUGUCUAGCUCGGAAACUGUAACAGAAGCCACGACUGAGUUUAACAGGAAAUCACCCCCCCUAUUUCGAGGGUCGAUGACUACCGUUAACCCUCUCGGAAAAAAAAUUGAAACGACAGAGCUUUAAGCGGUUUUAAGUUAAUUCGUAUCGAUUGAACGAAGAAGAAUUUAUAGAAACUAUGGAACAUCUAUCGAUAUCAGUUGCCUACGUACAAAUGAAAUAAAGCAAACCACUGCUGGCAUAGUUAUAAUAUUAUACUUUUUAUGUAAAUACCAAAGUACAUUAAAAUAACUGAUAGAUAGGCAUAGAGAUUAUUUAUUUAUCUAAUGUAAGUUAACAACGUAUACUCGAAAUAUAUAGCAUUU